GUCACUCGACUCGGCUCAGCCUAAACUUCUUACCAAAGCUAAACUCUAGCUUUCACUCAACACGAUCAGGAGGAACUGGAUUCAAAGACUACACAACGAGAUCGACUUGAUCAAAUCUGAAGAGAAGACUUUGUAGGAUCUCAAAAGAAGAUUUUUCUUUUUGCUACAAACUUUAAAGAAGUCAUCAUGUUUUCUGGAAUGACUCAAAGUGUGAUUGCUCUGCUGUUCCUGACUUUCUUAAGAUGGGCUGUGGCUCAAGAGUGCAGUGGACAAUGCCACUGCCCUGAAGUGCCGCCCCAGUGUUCACCUGGUGUAAGCCUAGUUCUGGACACCUGUGGGUGCUGCCGGGUGUGUGCCAAGCAGCUGGGCGAGCUGUGCACAGAACGAGAUGUUUGCGACCCCCACAAAGGUCUUUACUGUGACUACGGCUCCCCAAGUAACCGUCGUAUUGGUGUCUGCACAGCCAGAGAUGGUGCCACUUGUGUGUUUGGUGGAAUGGUGUACCGCAGUGGAGAGUCUUUCCAGAGCAGUUGUAAAUACCAGUGCACGUGUCUGGACGGUGCUGUAGGUUGCGUGCCCCUCUGUGGAAUGGACAUCAGGCUCCCCAGCCCAGACUGCCCAAUGCCCCGCAGGGUGAAAGUGCCUGGGAAGUGCUGCGAGGAGUGGGUGUGUGACUCCCCUCGUCAAAACACCUUUGUGGGAUCAGCUUUAGCAGCUUACAGAGAGGAGGAGACAUACGGUCCCGAUCCCUCCAUGAUGAGAGAGAACUGCCUGGUUCAGACUACAGAAUGGAGCGCAUGCUCAAAAACCUGUGGCUUGGGAAUCUCUACUCGUGUGACCAAUGACAACCGUGAGUGCCGCCUUGAGAAGCAGUCUCGCCUUUGCAUGGUCCGCCCUUGCGAGUCACACCUGGAGGAGAAAAUAAGGAAAGGGAAAAAGUGCAUCCGCACACCACGAGUCUCCAAACCCAUGAAGUUUGAGAUUUCCGGCUGUACCACUACCAAGUCUUACAGACCCAAGUUCUGCGGCGUUUGCACAGAUGGUCGCUGUUGCACUCCUCACAGAACCGCCACCUUGCCCAUGGAGUUCAAGUGCCCCGAUGGCCAAGUCAUGAAGAAGCAGAUGAUGUUCAUCAAGACCUGCGCAUGCCACUACAACUGCCCUGGGGAGAACGACAUCUUUGAAUCCAUGUACUACAAGAAGAUGGUUGGCGACAUGGCGUGAAAAGUCAUGACCUGACAAGGAGUUCCAUGCAGUGACUGUCCACUUGAAUUGAACAGAUAUCCAUCUCAUAUCUCAGCACAAAUUACUUGUUUGUCUUUUUAUGGUUUGUUGCUUUCAUUUUACGUCUUUUUGCGUGUAUGUGUUUGCAUCUUGUUGGUGGACUCUGGAUUUCUAUGCUGUAUGUGUAUUCAUUUGUCAUGGUGGAUGUCUAAGCCUAGGGGGUGGGGAUCGUAAAAUGACCGGGCCCUGUUCGGACGCCCCUAAAAAACAAUACUGCACUAUAGUCCGAUGCUGUGACGCCCAAUGUCACUGAUUGGCAGAUGACGCCAAGCCCCUCCUCUAAACUGUGGUGAGCAGAUUCAGAUUCUGAGAGCAAAAAUAGUAAGAAAUGGAUGGCAGCUUUAACCCCAGAAGCUAAUCGCCUCACCAAGCUAAGAAGGCGGAAAAAAGAGACAGAGAGAAAUUGAUGUGCUCUUAUGUUUAGUUGAUAUUGUCAGCUCAGAGUUUGAUUGAGCUGAUCCAAGACAUGAAGUUUGGCCAAGAACUAUGAAGGUUAAUAUAGCACUGAGUGUUUGACUGUCUGGCCCCUCCUGUUGGGAAAGAGCCAGUAUCCCUGUCAAAAAGACUGGAUGAAUUGUAGCUUCAUUCUUUUUUAUGACAAUAUCUAUUUUUGAAAGCUGUAAAUAAUGUACAUAUUUUGUACAGCUUAAGUUAAUUUAAAUUGAAAGCAUUUUGUCUUCUUAUUUCCUUGCUUCGUCAUGUUUAAUGAUAGCUUCAUGUGCUGACUUGACUAUUCUUGGUACAGCUUGUCCAAUAUUUUAUUGAGAAGUGUGACCAAAAUGUUACAUGUUUUCACUUUUGUAGUUUACAAUAAAAUAUUAUAUUUUUAUACAAA